AAAAAAAAGACUGAAAUUGUUCUCCUUUGUCAACGAGUGGGGGCACACCCAAAAAAAAAGACUAAAAUUAUUCAUCAUCAAUUCAUUCUCGCCUCAUCUAUUUUCCGAUUCCGACACCGUACUUCUUCUUCUUCCCCAUCCGUUUCUGAUCAGAUUGUAUCUAAUCUAUUUGGAAGAAUGAGUGAGGUGUUUAACGGAUACGAGCGCCAAUAUUGCGACCUCUCUGCCAAUCUUUCCAAGAAAUGUUCCUCUGCGCUUUCCCUUGACGGAGAACAAAAGAAGCAGAAGCUUUCCGAAAUCAAAUCUGGCCUUGAAAUUGCAGAGGCAUUGAUUAGGAAAAUGGAUCUCGAGGCGAGGAGCCUCCCACCCGGUGUUAAGUCCAGCCUCCUUGUCAAAUUAAGAGAGUUCAAGUCUGAUCUUAACAACUUCAAAACACAAGUGAAGAGAAUCACAUCUGCAAACUUGAACGCUGCUGCUCGGGACGAGUUGCUUGAAGCUGGCAUGGCUGACACAAAAACGGCUUCAGCUGAUCAAAGAGCAAGGCUGAUGAUGUCAACAGAACGUUUGGGUCGAACCACAGACAGGCUCAAGGACAGUCGUAGAACAAUGAUGGAGACUGAAGAGAUUGGCGUUUCAAUCCUCCAAGACUUGCACGGUCAGAGGCAAUCUCUCCUACGUGCUGGAGACACGCUUAGUGGAGUAGACGAGAAUGUUGGAAAGAGCAAGAAGAUCUUGACAGGCAUGACGAGGAGGAUGAACAGGAACAAAUGGACCAUUGGAGCCAUUAUCGCCGCUUUGGUCGUCGCCAUUAUCAUCAUCUUGUACUUCAAACUCACCAAGUAAGCCUCUGUAACUGAACCAAAACUCUUCGUUUGUGAAUCUUUGAUUUUUCCUUCUCUAUUUUUUGAUGUCUGUGUGAAAAGUUGUCUUUGCCACCUUUUGUAUUACUGCCUCGAGAAAAGUAAGGCCUCAGAUUGUUUGGUUGA